UGAAAAGGGGUUAUCCAGGCCAAAUGAACCGAUAGUGAUGGCUCUCCGCUCUUCUUACACGACUCUGUCUGACAUCAACACUAACGAUGGAAAGACCACAUGGGACGAAGUGGCAGGCGGGGGCAGCAUCAAUGGGACAGCAUCAAUGGGACAGAAACAACUACGAAAAGCAGUCAGGCAGGGUGUUGUGCCGGUUUCCCACCUUCCCCAUCAUGCCACUGGGCCUCGAUCCUGUUUUAACGGGGUAAAUCCACAGCCUGCUCCAUCUGCCAUCCCCGCUAGGAGAUGGAGGGCUUGAUCAAAUUGCGUGGGCGGGGCUGAUGAGGGCAGGCGUGAGCUUCACUCGCACUUGCCUCCACCAGCCUUCAUGCUCUCAUUCAUGCCCGUGUCAGCGAGCAACAUGGACCUUGCGGGCUGCCCAAGGUGGUAAGCAGCGUGGCAGCCCAAUCUGACCAGACUUCGGUCGCGUCGUCUCCAUCUCGCCUGGGGGCUGGUGUCGUGCUGAGCGCGUGUUUUUAUCGCCACUAGGCGGCGCCCAAGUGAGACCUGACCCCAGCACCCCAGCCAGGCGACCCCGGCAAGAGCGACCCCGCCUGUCGAGCUGAAAGAUUGAUUUGACGCAAAUCGAAAAAUACAUUUAACCCCCAGUCAGUGCGCGCGCCGCCACCAGCUCCAGCCGCGCGCUCGCUCGAAUUCUAACCCCAAACUAAGAUCCUGCCAGCCAGCACCAACAGCCAAGGGUCGGGGUCCUUGCCACCCGACGCUGCUGCCUCCCACUCGCCGCUCGGCGCCAUCAUUUCCCCUUUGCGACCGCGCCCGCAUUCCUCCGGUUGGGGCGAAGCCACUGACCCAGGUGCCCAGCCACCACCGAGCCUCGGGGCACACCACAGCUCCUGCCCUCCCGCACGCCCGUGCUCUCCCCCGCCCAGCAGCAGAGACACGCAGCAGCCGCCAGCCCCCUUCCGGAAAACACAUAAAUGGCCGGCACAGCGUCACCCAGCGCGCCAGGUCCCUCUGUCGCCCCACCACCUCUCCCGUCAGGCUGGAUCGCGCAGUGGGACGAGUCCACGCGCAAGUACUAUUACGUCGAGCUUGGCACCGGUCGCUCGCAGUGGGACGUGCCGACGCAGCCCGCGCCCACCGCCAUCAGCACCCCGGCCAACAGCUCCGUCAAUCACCCCUACGGCAUCCCCCCCUCGGGCGCAUCCCCCGCCCAGCAGCCGCGCAUAAUAACUCACCCCGACGGUAGUCAGACCAUACAGCACGCAGACGGCAGGCUGGAACCCAUCCUCCCACCAGGCACCGCCGGAGCACUCGAGGGCACCCGCGGAAUGGACGGACCUAGUGGUGACAGGGGCCUUGGCUCCUUUGCACAAAACGCUCUCAACUCAUUCGCCGGUAAACAAGGUGGCGGCGGCGGCGGCGGUGGCGCUGGCAACUUCGGCGGCAAACUCGUCAGUGGCCUUGCCUCGAGUUUGUUUUCGUCUGGCGGGGACAAGCCGCAGCCCCAAAGCUACCACGGCGCGCCGCAGACGGGGCCGCACUCGUCAGGCGGUCUCGCGGGUGCUGUCAUGGGAGGCGUCGCCACCAUGUUUGGUGGGAGCCAGGGAAAACCGAGCGGAAACUUUGGCUACUCCAAUGCUGGGCCUGCUAGCUACUCGGGCACUGCGCCUCCGAUAUCCUACCAGCCACCCUCUCAACCUGGCACAUCGCCCACUGCCCGCUCCGCCCCGGCCCCCCACUCGCAGCCUUCCCCGUCGUACCAUCAGCCGCAGCAGUCGCCGUCGUUUCAACAACCACAGCACUCACCGGCAUACCAGCAGCCUCCGCACCAACAGCCGCCGGCCCCGUACGGAGGCUACGCGCAACGAUCCACGUACGGAGGUCAGCCGCAAUACGAACACCAUCAGCCUCAACCUCAACCUCCCUAUGGCGGCCAGCAUCAGUACGCUCACCAGCCUGCUUACCCCGGCCACCCUCCUCCGCCCAGCCAGCCAGGUUAUCAAAGUCGUCCACCAUACUAGUAAUCGAGAUAUGACCCAGCGUUCUAUCGGCAGGGACGUUAUUUAACAAUAUACCACGUUUUGAGGCAUCGGUGGCAAGAGAGCGAAAACAGCGGGGGAUACUGCUUGGGAGCUUGCCACUUGACCAUGAGGUUCUGUCAAGAGUCGAAUUUGAGUUCGCUGGUUAAACAUGGAUUAAAUUCUGGAACAAUAAAAUUUCGUAAGGUGGCAAUGUAGUGCCUUGAACUUUCUUAUGUGACAUUUCCUAUGUAGUUUUCCUCUGUGAGAUUUCUUAUGUAACUUUCCUAUAUAAGCUUAAGCUUAUUCUUAUUUCUCUUAUUAUUCUUAUUCCUAUUCCCCCCGUCUUGUAGGUGCGACUGCCAUCUUUUUUGUGGUGGGCGUGGCGGCUCACUGCUCCUUCUUGGAUGACUGCGGCCGGGAGCCGUCGACGGCCAGCUUCUGUACCCAGGCCGCGGCCCGCUGGGCAACGAACCAAAAGAUGGCCGCGACAAAGAGGACGUACACCACGGUCGGGGCAAGGGAUUGGGGCAAGACGUUCAGGAUAAAUGGGUCCAGGAUGAUGUCGACGUGCACGGGCGCCA